CUACUGCACCCUCCAUGUGCCCCUUGUACUUUCUCCACAAAAAUUAUUCCAUCUUCCAUAAUUACAUUUCUUACAUCAUAUCAUUUAAUAUUUUUAUUAUUAUUACUUUCAUAAGUUUCAUCGCUAUAAAGUUCUACACUCUUCUGCAAAUUAGGGUUUUCUGAUCCUUCAAUCUGUUCAACCGUCACCAAAUUUCUCAAAUCAAACCUCUCAUCUGCAUCCACGAAGCUUAUAAGAUCGUUGUUCAGCUGUUCUAGAUUCAGUUUCCGUAGUUUGAUCUCAAUUUGUGUUGUCUGUUAUCUGAUGAAUUGUUAGUUUGAUAUAUAAACACUCGAACAGUAGAUUUUAGUUAUGGAUUUGGAAAGUGAUGCUAGAUUGAAAGAUAAUGGAAAUUGUGAUGCUGAAAUUGUUGAAUCUAAGUUACCGAAAGCUAUAGAAGUGGUUGACGGUACGGUAGGGAAGACAGAGGUGUCGGGUGGAGGUUCGGUAGGGGUUUCGCCAUCGCCUGCGACGAAAGGGAGGGGGCUGAAGAAGUGGCGGAGGAUUCAUAGGGAAUCCGGUAGAGAAACGAAUAAUAAUUUUGAUAGUAAUAAGAAAAGAGGUAUGGCUGCUGGUGGUAAUAUUGCGGUGAAGCAGAGUGAAGGCUCUAGUUCGUCGACGAAUGCCAUGUCGAAUGUUCUCGGUAAUGCGUUAGACCAUAUUUCUCUUUAUGGAGAUUUGAGUUCGAGAAGGGGGGCGGAUUUUGGAUCCAGGGCAGAUUCGGAGAAUAGUGAAGAUCGGAACAGUAGGUCUUCGACUGCAGCUAGUGCGCCAAGGGGGAACCGUGAGGUGUCUGUGGUAAGUUCAGGGUUUAAUCUGAAUGCGAAGAGUGUGGUACAACAUGGUGAUCAGCAGGAAAAAGGUCUAAAUAUGAAAAAGAAGGCUAGAGGGGGUAGAAUCAAGAAGGAAAAUUCGAUUUCGAGCGUGGAAUCGGACUCUCGAAGCUCGAACUUUGUUUUCUCGCAGGCGGCUAACUCUGUAACGAGCAAUGGUAGAGUGAAUGGUAGGUCGGGAAACUAUGAUGAAGAUGAUAGUGAUGAUGCUCGGAAUGGUGGCUCGGUAAACUAUGUAUUGCAAACUACGUUUAGCAAGAACGAGGCUGAGUAUGAAAAUGUUUCACAUGACGAUUUAGCAGGCGAGAAUUCUUGGGCUGUUAAGGAAGAAAAGAUUGAUGAGCAUGUGGGGUCAGGGAGUAUAGACCCUUUGGUUGAAUCGAUCAUACCACUUCAUUUGGCUCAAGAAGCACUCGAGAGAGAAGUUGAGAAGUUGAGGGAUGUUGGUAAAGAGGAUAUUUUAUCCUCUGAUGCCUGGGUUCAGUCUCAACCACCGGUGUUCAAAUCUGGUAAGACCGAUGAGGCUGAUUUGCACAGCAAGCUCGAGGAAGCUUUUAACGCACUUGAGCUCAAGAACACCAAAAUCUCUGAACUUGAAUCCACCUUAAACUCUACAAAAAUAAAGACGGAGUACGAGGAGCUCUUGACACGAAGAUUCGCAGCUGAGCUGGAAUAUCUAGUAAUAUCAAAAACAAUACAGAGCCUAAAAGCGGGUCACAUGGAACAAAUCAAUCUUGCAGUAGACCAGAAGAAUGUAUCUGCAACAAAACCAGCACCAGUGAUAGAGGAAGAAGAUGCUAAGAAACUGAAAAAUAGGGUAUGGAGAUAUGUUUAUUGUUUGAUUAUUCAGUCAGUUUUGCUUCUUUUAGUGUUGUACAUUGUUGUUUUGAAGUUUUCGUCGAAAAAGGUGGAGGUUAUACCCACUUGAUUUGAUCCGCAGGCCUGUUUUUGUAUCAUUGUAUAACUUCCACUUGUUUAGAUGAUCAUAGAUUAUAGAUCAGUUGCUGAUCUUCUGCUUGUAAACGACAUUUGUAGCUUGAAUUUAUACAUCAAUUUUGUUUGUUAAUAAA